AUGGCCUUUUCACUUUUACCAGCCGAGCUGAAACUUAUGAUCUUCGAAUACCUCAUCGCUGGAGCGGACGUGGAAGAGAACUUCAAACUGACACCCUAUGCUACCGUCAACCGCGAGUGGCAGGGGAUAUUCGAAGAACAGAUUUUCGAACACAUCCAAAUUACCACGGGUAAGCGAUUGGCUGAUUUCAACCACCGAUCGUGGGUGAGAACCAGAAGCCUGAUUCGAAGUAUUGCCUUGACUGUUGAGCUGGAGUCUUACUAUGAUCAUGGCGACGCGCGCUGCCGCUACGAAAAUGAAGACGAACAGAGACGCAAUAGCGAGAUCUUUACAGUCUCGAUCCAGUCGCUUUUCAAUACUCUAGCCAAAUGGCCAAGAAGGGGAGAUGAGGUCUUUACUCUUUUGAUCGAGACGCAGUCCCCAGACGAUAAAAGUGCCCAAACCCCCGAGGCUUGGGAGGAGCGGCGGUUGCGCGCGCGAGAGUCCCACGAUUUUCUGGAUAAGAGAUUUGAGAGAUCAUGGCUCCGAUUCGACGAGAAACUUGUUGGUGUUAGAUGCGCAUCUGUCCCUUUGGUCACUUGCCUUGUGGUCACAGGAGGCCAGAUCAGAAGAGACAAUUUGAGGAAAAUCGAACCUGUUUCAUGUUCUCUCAUUAUGGCGAAGUUGCCUCGACUCGACCAUCUGACGCUCUAUUUGGAUGACCGUUGCACGUGGAAUCCAGAACUCAGAUAUCGCCACCGGAAAGACUUCGCAGACUCUAUUCCCCUGUGGCCUCGCAGCUUAACGUACCUCAUCCUUGACUUCCCCUUCAACGAACCUUCCGAUGAGUUUUAUCCUCCAGCAACCUCAACGGUGGAAGGAAACCCAGACCCGCUGAGCUCGCGCCUGCACGAACUUUCCCAACGACUGUACGGACUCCACGCGGACCGAGGUGUAUUCGGAAGAGAAGUAUUCUGGCCCCUGGUUGCACAGGAUAACGCCGAGCUUCCCUCCUGGCCAGAGCUAAACAGGAUGACCUUGAGCUAUGUGCCCAUAACACCAGGUGGGACUCGCAUGUUCGAAAAGAAUGAGCCAGAACAGAUCCUGACGUUGGGUCAUCAUUCCACCAUCGACCCGACAAUCUAUGAAGAAAUGGAUGACACUGAUAUCGAUUGGGUUCCCCCUGAGCAGCGCAGGAACAGAUGGUUUCGCAGAAAGCCCAAUCACGAAAUUUUCAAUGAAUAUUUUCUAACAGCUGGCAAGGCUGCUCUUCGGAUGCCCAAAAUGAUCAUUAUGAAAAUCGAAGUGGUAGAAGGCGUAAAUAUGCUCGGGUUUCGGUACGAAGUCACAGACGGAGUUGCGAAGGUAACCUGGUUAUGUGAUUGGGAUCUUCAAGCAUUUGAAAUAAGCAACGAGGUCUUGCAGAUCUGGGAAAAGGUUGCUUACCAACACACUGGACGUGAUCUUGAACUUGAGUUUGACAGAUAUUGA